GGGACCGAGUGCGGAGAUCUAUUGGUUGCUGGCUUUGUAAAUUUCAUUCAGUUUGGUCCAAUAGCAGAGGGGGAUCGGGGAGACAUCAGGAGCUCUGUCUUCAAUCUCCCCUUUUCCUUGCAGACCCGUCUCUGUCUCUCAGCACAGAGCUCUUAUUCAGACCUCGCUCUGCCCUUUCCUGCUACGACUCGGUUGCUUUUUCCUCUGACUCUUUAGGGCCGAAACAACGAAUUUCCUCCAAACGGCCGCGGCGGUGGUCCCCACAUUCCUUUGGAGGAGCAGCUCUGGUGGGGAAUUCGAGAAAGCACCAGCUCCUGGAUGGAACACAGCCUUCCCGAAUCCUACCCUCAGCCAGGGUUUCCCUAGAAAAAUCUGGACGUGUUAAAAAGAGCAGCCCCAGCUAAUGCAGCUUUUCCACGACUAAGGUAUCAUUUUGACCUACCGCCUAGGGUGAUUUGCAAUGGCCAUGAACAUCUUCCUGAACCCCCAGAUCUUCAGUUGUAAAGAUGAAAGUAUAUGGAGAGGCUUUCUUGAAACAUUGUCAUAGUGUGGAAUAAUAUAUCAUUCUCCGUUCCAAGCCUCAUAUUCCUCAAACGGGACAAAUGUGUUGAGAUGGAAAAGACAGCAAGUAUAUGUCCAUGGAGGUGUUUCUGAAGGCAUCUUCUUAGAAGGACAAUGUAAUGGCGGACUGCUCUGCCUUGGAGUUUUCCUAAGGAAUCCUUGUCCUUGGGAGGUGUCGGAUGGUCACCGUGUCCUUGGAGCCUCACACCUGCUGGAAUUCCCUUCCAGGAUUAAGAGAGGGCUGCUCUCUCCUGCAAUGGGCUGCCGAGAAGACAGCUGGGUGUGUCCUUAACCUCGGGCUCUGUCUAUGACCCAUCUCGGAGGCUCCUCUCCUGGGUCUUCUGCUCCCUGGAAAGCCCUCUCUGUCUGCAGGCUCGCUUCCCGGCUUUGCUUGCUUGGAGUUGCAUCACACAGACCCCCACGGAUGUGGCAGUGAACAAUGUCGAGACCCAAGGGACUGUUAUGGCUGCCACUGUUCUUCACCCCGGUCUGCGUCAUGUUGAACUCCAACGUUCUCCUGUGGAUAACCGCUCUUGCCAUUCGCUUCACGCUCAUUGACAGCCAAGCACAGUAUCCAGUCGUCAACACAAAUUAUGGCAAAAUUCGGGGCCUAAGAACACCAUUGCCCAAUGAGAUUUUGGGUCCCGUGGAGCAAUACUUGGGGGUCCCCUAUGCCUCACCUCCCACUGGAGAGAGGCGGUUUCAGCCCCCAGAACCCCCAUCCUCAUGGACUGGAGUUCGAAAUGCCACCCAGUUCGCGGCUGUGUGCCCCCAACACCUAGAUGAGAGGUCUUUAUUGCACGAUAUGCUGCCCAUCUGGUUUACUGCCAAUUUGGAUACUUUAAUGACCUAUGUUCAAGAUCAAAACGAAGACUGCCUUUACCUAAAUAUCUACGUGCCCACCGAAGAUGGAGCCAACACAAAGAAAAACGCAGAUGAUAUAAGCAGUAAUGACCGUGGUGAAGAUGAAGACAUCCAUGAUCAGAACAGUAAGAAGCCGGUAAUGGUCUAUAUCCACGGCGGGUCUUACAUGGAGGGCACUGGCAAUAUGAUAGACGGGAGCGUUCUGGCAAGCUACGGAAAUGUCAUCGUGAUAACCAUUAACUACCGGCUGGGCAUUCUAGGGUUUUUAAGUACCGGCGACCAGGCGGCCAAAGGCAACUAUGGGCUCCUGGAUCAGAUCCAGGCGCUACGGUGGAUUGAGGAGAACGUCGGGGCCUUUGGCGGGGAUCCCAAGCGAGUGACCAUCUUCGGCUCGGGGGCGGGAGCCUCUUGCGUCAGCCUGUUGACCUUGUCACACUAUUCAGAAGGUCUGUUCCAGAAGGCGAUCAUCCAGAGCGGGACCGCCCUGUCCAGCUGGGCAGUGAACUACCAGCCUGCCAAGUACACUCGGAUAUUGGCAGAUAAAGUCGGCUGCAACAUGCUGGAUACCACAGACAUGGUCGAAUGUCUUCGGAAUAAGAACUACAAAGAGCUCAUUCAGCAGACCAUCACCCCCGCCACGUACCACAUUUCCUUUGGCCCCGUCAUCGACGGCGAUGUCAUCCCGGACGACCCUCAGAUCCUGAUGGAGCAGGGAGAGUUCCUGAACUACGACAUCAUGCUGGGCGUCAACCAGGGGGAAGGCUUGAAGUUCGUGGAUGGUAUCGUGGACAGUGAGGACGGCGUGACGCCCAACGACUUUGACUUCUCCGUGUCCAACUUUGUGGACAACCUUUAUGGCUACCCAGAGGGCAAAGACACGUUGCGGGAGACCAUCAAAUUCAUGUACACGGACUGGGCCGACAAGGAAAACCCGGAGACGCGACGGAAGACCCUGGUGGCUCUCUUCACGGACCACCAGUGGGUGGCCCCCGCCGUGGCCACAGCCGACCUCCACGCCCAGUAUGGCUCUCCGACCUACUUCUACGCCUUCUAUCACCACUGCCAAAGUGAAAUGAAACCCAGCUGGGCGGACUCAGCCCACGGCGACGAAGUGCCCUAUGUCUUUGGGAUCCCCAUGAUCGGCCCCACGGAACUCUUCAGUUGUAACUUCUCCAAGAACGAUGUCAUGCUCAGCGCGGUGGUCAUGACAUACUGGACCAACUUCGCCAAAACCGGUGACCCUAAUCAGCCUGUUCCUCAGGAUACCAAGUUCAUUCAUACAAAACCCAAUCGCUUUGAGGAAGUGGCCUGGUCCAAGUAUAACCCCAAAGACCAGCUCUACCUGCAUAUUGGCCUAAAGCCCAGAGUGAGGGAUCACUACCGAGCCACUAAGGUGGCUUUCUGGCUGGAACUGGUGCCCCACCUGCACAACCUGAAUGAGAUCUUCCAGUACGUCUCCACCACCACAAAGGUCCCUCCUCCUGACAUGACCUCCUUUCCCUAUGGCACCCGGCGGUCUCCCGCCAAGAUCUGGCCCACGACCAAACGCCCAGCCAUCACUCCUGCUAACAACCCCAAACACUCCAAGGACCCUCAUAAGACGGGGCCCGAGGACACAACCGUCCUCAUCGAAACCAAACGGGAUUACUCCACUGAACUGAGCGUCACCAUCGCCGUGGGGGCCUCCCUGCUCUUCCUCAACAUUUUGGCCUUUGCGGCUCUGUACUACAAGAAGGACAAGAGACGCCACGAGACGCACAGGCGCCCCAGUCCCCAGAGGAACACGACCAACGACAUCGCUCACAUCCAGAACGAAGAGAUCAUGUCGCUGCAGAUGAAGCAGCUGGAGCACGACCACGAGUGUGAGUCCCUGCAGGCUCACGACACGCUGAGGCUCACCUGUCCCCCAGACUACACCCUGACGCUGCGCCGCUCUCCUGAUGACAUCCCACUCAUGACACCAAACACCAUCACCAUGAUUCCAAACACACUGACGGGGAUUCAGCCUUUGCACACGUUCAACACCUUCAGUGGAGGACAAAACAGUACGAAUCUGCCCCACGGACACUCGACCACCAGAGUAUAGCUGCCCGGUUCCCUUCCCCUUCCUCGGCUCCUCCCCCACCGGAGAGAGGGAGAAAGAGAGAAGCAGCAUCCCCACGUGAGGAAUGUCUGUCACCCCACUGACUUAGGACAGAAACAAAACAAACAGAAGAAGCGACGGGGCCACCGUUGUGUCCCUGUGGACCCAUCCCGUUGGCAUUUCCCAGUAUUACGAGAUCAACUUCUGACCCUAUGAAAUGUGAAAGCGUAUACAUCGCCGUUCCAGGACUGCUUUACCAUCCCCCAUCUCUCCAGCAAACGUUUAGAGGGACUAUAGGACAUCACCGUCUCAAGGACCUGGAUGCUUCCGAAUCAACGAUCGAAGCUGACCCUUGGGGAACUCAGCCAGGGACACUUCAAAAAAAAAAAAAUUUUUUUUUUUAAAUUAUACCCGAAAAGCAGAACAAAACAAACAACAAAAAAGGGUUCUUUACGUGCCAUACGAUGGAUGGCUCUACGGAAGGAAAGAAAAAGUCUGUGGGCUUUUACCCAGCAUACAGAGCUGUAAUCCAGAGAGGAGGAAAAGUAGAAUUUUAUUAUUAAAAGAGCAGACUAUGUAGUAACAUACCUAUAGUUCUGGGCAAAGAGAUGUUUUGCCAGCCUGAACUAUAUUUAAGAAACUUUGUAAGAAACAGAACAAAAAAGUGUAUAUAGCUGUGAGUUUAAACAAAAACGCACACAGA